UCUGUGGUCGUGCCGUACUUGAAAAGCUUGACUGGGAAAAGGAUGAAGCAUCGGCAUCACUUCGCCAAGAAGGACAAGAAGGACAAGAAAGACAACAAGGACAAGAAAGACAAGACGCACGCUAAGAAGGAGCCCGACGAUGACGACAACGGGCCGCUCGGGCAGAUCCCGUGCAGCUUUGCCAGCAUGGCAACGCCCCGCAAGCGGCCAGCUGCGGCCGACGUCCUAGAGCCUGCAGCGGCCAGCGGCAGCGGAUCACGGCCAACGGUCGCGAAGCGGCCCGCGGCUUGCAUGAAGAGGCCAGCUGCGGCGCCGCGCCCGCCUGCAGGCGGCGCGCCAGACGACGAGGACGCCGACGCCGAGGACGGCGGCGCGGGCGCCGAGGGCAGCGGCGCGGGCGCCGAGGGCAGCGGCGAGGCCGAGGGCAGCGGCGAGGGCGCUGAGGAGCCCGCCGAGGGCGCUGAGGAGCCCGCCGAGGCAGAGGAGGACGAGAAAGGCGAGGAGAUCGAGGAGGCUGAGGAUACCAAGCCAAGCGAGGACGACAGUCCCGAGGUGAUCUUCGUCGACGACGGGGAUGGCGGUGAGACGAGCUGCAAGAUGAUGAGCACGCACGACUCCAACUGGUACUGGCUGAAACGCGUGCGCCGCAACUCCGAGGGCUACGAUUGCCUCUACUACAAGAAGGAUGGCGAUAAGAAGUGCACUCAGCUCCUCAUGGUCUCCGACAAGAAGUUCGAGGACAUCUGCGGCAAGUGGUCCAGCCAGCACUGCAGCUUCGCGUUCAUCAAGAAGUGCUUGGGCUGGAUCCAGAGGGAGGGCACGGCGUGCAAAGACAGGUGCGCGGCCCUCAAGAAGGACGUCUACCUCGAGAUGACGGGCCGCUCCUGGCGUCGAGUUCGGGAUCGAACGCCCGUGGUGAUCGGCAUAUGCAUGGCCGUGGUCGUGAUCAGCAGCAUCGACGAUCACGAGAUCGUCGGCAUCAGCAUCGCCGACAUCAGCAUCGACGAAUUCAUGCUACUGUGUGAGUGGGGCGGCUGCGCUCGCACGUUCACCCGUGUGCAGGCGAAAAGGGGCGGGGGCAUGACGGGCCUGCAGGCGAAAGGGGAGACUGACAGUGAGGUGCAGCUGGACCUGGGCAUCGCGGUUGGCAGGACCCACUUGGCAAAACAGAAGAAAGAGGUCAAGGAUGAAUACGAGAGAGCCACCACUCUGGACCACAAGGAGUGGUUGAAUAAGUGGCGCAAGCACGGCGCCCAGGGGUGCAAGGAAAAGAUGAACAUCAAGGGCUCCGCAGAUCAGUGGCGCAACUGGGACGGCCUACUGGCCACGUGCGGGUGGUCUGAGCAGAACAAAGACACGCCCACUGGCCAGAGGGCCUACGCUCGGGCGGAAGUGGUCCGCGCCAACUGCGAGAAGCUGAGGAAGACGCACACCACGGUGGAUACCCAGACUGGUGAGACGCUGUACCGCCGCAUCGAGAGGGUGAGCACGGAGACCAGGAGCCACAAGCAGGAGCUGAAGACCACGCGCACUACGGGCUUGAAACCUAUCGCCGAGGUGACGUCCAGCGACCACAGGUCGGCCAAGAGCCGAGUGGACCUGGGGGAGGCUGCCAAGAAGACAGAGCUGCAGCAUGCCGACGAGGACUCUGAAUACUCCUGCGGUGAGGAGUCGGAAUCCGAGAGCUCCGAGUCCGAGUCUCCCGAACGUACCAAGCAGGCCGUGCCGGCUGGCGGCUCUGCAUCGACAUCCCGUGUCGACAGCGACAAAGUUCAGGCCAGCGAGUGGGGCCAGAUGCUCGGCGAGGCGUCCCGCGUGGCCGCGCUCCUGCAAGGGCUCGACGUGGGAGGGGCGGACUCCCUCGCCGCAGGCUGUCUGCGUGCAGUGCUCAGCCUCACCACUCAGGUGGUCGAGCACUCGUGGCUCAAGCCGUACGAGAAGCAGAUCGUGGCCAGCCUCAAGAACCUCGAGGUGGUGAAGACUGCGAUGACGAUGUCACUGCAGGGCAAGUCCAAGGAUCCCGUGGACAUGGCCGACAUGGCCGAGAAGCUGGAGGUGGAGGCGCUCAUCCGCCCAGGCCACCCAGUCGAACUGUCAUUCUGGCACGUCAACAACAGGGCUGGGCUUAACUUCGCUGCUCCCAUCCUGGGUGUUGUGGGUUUCACUGUGAGCAUGAUAUGUUUGGAUAUUAUGCGCAUCCUCGACUUGGGCUGCACCCAAAGGCUCGUGGGCACAGUGUUUUGGAUGCUGAUUGAAUCUAAUUUUGCGGCGGCCACAGAUCGUGCACUUUUGGUGCGGAGGAUGAAAAAUAUGAUCGAGCUGAGAAGGCGCAUGAAAGCGUUUUACAUCAUGAACAGGGACGUGCUCGGACGCGGGAAGCAGUCUCGCAUUUGGAAGCUCAGCCUGAAAAUGUUAGGAGACGUGAACGAGCCCUUCCUUCACGCGAAGGCGGCCGAGCGGCACAUGUCGAUGGAAAUGGUGCGUGCGCGUUUCCCUCUCGAGCUCUCGCUUGCAUGUGGCGAGAAGGGCAGAGCAUUCGUUCUGAAGCUGAGUGUACACGCACCAUACUUUAAUGCCCCGGUCACGGUCACGGUCACGGUCACGGUCACGGUCACGGUCACGGUCACGGUCACGGUCGCGGUCACGGUCACGGUCACGGUCACGGUCACGGUCACGGUCACGGUCACGGUCACGGUCACGGUCACGGUCACGGUCACGGUCACGGUCACGGUCACGGUCACGGUCACGGUCACGGUCACGGUCACGGUCACGGUCACGGUCACGGUCACGGUCACGGUCACGGUCACGGUCACGGUCACGGUCGCGGUCACGGUCAUGGUCACGGUCACGGUCACGGUCACGGUCACAUUCCCUUCUUCUCUUCCCGCGCACGCCAGCCUGCGCUGCAGGACGGUCGCGGUCGCGGUCGCGGUCGCGGUCGCGGUCGCGGUCACGGUCACGGUCACGGUCACGGUCACGGUCACG